AUGCAUCCUCUGACCCUUUUCCUCUUUGCUGCUUUCUUGCCCACUGUUUGGCUGAUGGACCAAAAGGCUCUGGAUGAAUUUGUGAACCUUCCUGACCCCCACUACAAUUAUACCAUCAUGGAGAGGGAGAGAAUAUUCUUCAUGAGUUCAUUCAAUAUUGAUACCAUCAAUAUGACCUCCCAGAAGUGGCUGGAUGAAUCUGAAGUGGACAAACCAGUCUGGAGCCAUGAAAUGAUUAUUGUUGUGCCGCGAAGAGUGAAAGUUCUAAAAUCUUGUCUUCUUGUAAUCUCACCUGGUCAAAAUGAUAAAUUGAGUCCACGUAAUAGCACUGAAAGAUUGACCCUUCCACACUCAGCAGCUCCAUCAAAAUCGGUUAUAGCUACACUGAAGCCGGCGCUUAUCCAGCCACUCACCUUCUACAAUCAUCCUUUAGGACGCAAGAACAUCACCGGAUAUGAUAUUGUUACAUAUUCCUGGUGGAGAUUUAUAAGUGACCCGACUGCACCUCCACACUGGCUUGUGCAAUUCCCAAUGGUCAAGGCCACUGUGAGAGCUAUGGACACCAUCACAGACUACUUGAAGAAAACAUAUAAUAAAGACAUCACAGAGUUUACGUUGGCCGGCAUUUCACUGGGUGGAUGGAUCUCCUGGCUGACCGCAGCAGUUGACCAGAGGGUUAAAGGAAUAGUUCCUAUUGCCAUGGAUUUUCUGAAUUUCAAGGAGACUUUCCACCACCAAUACCGAGCAUAUUGCGGCUGGUCGUAUAUGUUGAGACCCUUUCAUGAGAUGAAUAUAACCCAAGAGUUGGACAACCCCCGUUUCAGCGAUCUGGCUUCUCACGUGGACCCUCUGGCAUACAACAAGCGAUACACAAAUGUAGCCAAGUACAUAAUUGUUUUAUCAGGGGAUGAGUUCUUCCAGCCGGACAACUCACAGUAUUACUUUUCUCAGCUAGAAGGCGCCAAAUUUCUCCAAAUCCAGCCAAACACUGAUUAUGGGAAUCAACAUAUAUUUACACUUUUCAAACUCAUCUUCCCCUUCCUGCAAUCAAUGGUAGAAAAGAAAUGGCGACUUCCCAAAGUCUCUUGGGAGAUAAAAAUGACAAAUACCAGCGGGACUAUCUAUUUCACUACCCUCGAUAGCGAUAAAGUCUAUUCUUACCAUGCUGACACAGUCGGUGCUACCAGGCGAGACUUCAGGAUGAAGAUAGCAUCUGGCAAUUCUUCUCAAGACAACCCUGUAAAAUGGAUUCAGACAGAUGUUGAAACACUAGGCAUAGGUGUGUAUAAGAAAGAAAUGCCAAGGCCAGCAGAAGGAUGGAGAGGCUUCUUCAUUCAGGCUACCCACGCACAACAGACACUUGAUUCUCAUUUAGUAACAACAUCAGGCAUGCUCAUCAUGCCAGACACUUUUCCAUGUCCUGACUGCCACGGAGAUGGAUGCCAUGGCACAAUAGUCUGA